AUGGAUACAAAAAGUUCAAUAAUUGAAUCAAAUACAAUUGAAAAUCAUUUUAAAAUAGAAGUAAAAGAUGAUAAUAACAAAGAACAAUGUACUGAUCUAUUAAUAGAACCAAUUAUUGCAGGAAAUAUAAAUAAACCUGUGAAGUCAUCUCCAACAAUAGCAACGCAUUUUUUAGGAGUAAUUUAUACAUUAGUAUCAACAUCUAUUUUUGUUAGUUCAACAUUUAUAACAAAAGAAUUAAGCAUAGAUAUGCUUUAUGCAUUAAUUCCAAUGGCUCUAUUGCAUAGUAUCAUGAUGAUCAUUCAUAUGAAACUAAUAAAACGUUAUUCAUUGUAUAGACAAUCAACAAAACAAGAAAUAUUUUUUUUAUUCAUCAAUAGUUUUUCCUUUUCAACUGGUGCUUUUGCUCUUUAUUUUGCUUAUCGUUAUUUAACAUUACCAGAUUUAACAACAAUACGUUUUACACAAGUUAUUUGGACAGCAAUUAUAACUGCAGUUCUUUAUUGUGAAAAACCAUCUCUACCAAUGAUAAUAGCUAUUUUAUUAACAACUACUGGUGUGAUAUUUGUUGCUCAACCAACUUUUUUAUUUAGUAAAAUAUCAAAUACAAAUAAAAUUAAUAUUUCAAAUAAUCCCUAUCAACAUCUAAUAGGUAUAUUAAUUGUAUUAUAUGCUUCAGUAGCAAUGUCCAUAAUGGUAAUAUCGAAUAAACAUUUAUUAUCAAAAUAUAAAACAAAACAUAGUUUAAUAAUGUUAUUAAAUGCAUUUACAAUAUUUUGUGUAUUUCUUGGUAAUGUAUUUUAUGAAUAUAAUUUUUUUCGUGAUCAUAUGCAAUCAUUUAAAAAUGAUUUUUUCAAUUGGAGAUAUGUAUGUGCUUCAUUAAUUUGUUUAUUACAAAUACCUGGAUUGAUGUUAAUGCAGAAAGCACUUAAAUAUGAACAUCCAUCAAUAUUUACCAUACUUCAAUCUAGUGCAAUAUUAUUCUCUCUUAUAUUACAAAAUAUAUUUUCAUCAGUAAAAUCAAACGUUUUAUCAUUAUUUGGUUCAGCUCUUGUUUUAACAAGUAUAUUGAUAAUAACUGGAUUUAAAUUUAUUAAUGAAAAAAGAGCUAAAAAGAAAGCAUUAGAACAAAACUCGACUGAAUAG